AUGGAGUUUGUACUGAUCUGGCUCAUUGUCCAGCUUCUGAACCUCGCACUAUGGCUGUGCUUUGCCCGUUUGCCCGUUCUUCGUCUGCUUUUGGAUCGAACGAUUCAAGUUCGGCUGAAGCGGCGAAGCCCCCGCAACGGGAAAACAGCCUUGUCUCACAUCCACGAUAAAUGCACUUUGCUCCUAGAGAACAUGCAUACGCUUGACAAAGCCGACAUCAGUGGAUUUGCUCCCCCGCGGGUGUUGCGAGCCUUGGUUGGCUCUAUCUUGGUUGCACAGAACGUGCUGGCACUGUCCAUCCUCUCGGACACGCACGCUCUGCUCAGGAGAUCAGGCCAGCUAGCCUGCAUCAAUCUCAUCUGUCUGGUUCUUGUUGCUUGUCCGGACGUCAUGGAAAUAAUUGCUCGACAGACCACGCCUCAAACGACAUGGGCCCAUCAUUUGUAUGGCUGGAUAGUGUGGUAUGAAGUUCUCAUCCACGUGCUUGCUUAUGCAAUGCUCUCAGUCAAUAUCAGUAAGCUGCAAUGA